AUGAUCGACGCUGGUGACGCAUGCCGACGUAUGCAAAUUUUGAUCCUUCAAGAGAACAAAGCACACCAUAUACCUGGCAGUCCAACGUCUGUACAUCCUAUCUGCUGCCUCUGGGUGUCUCCGUUCUCCUCGGCUGCUCACCCCACGAUCGUCUUCCUCCAACCAGCCAACUCAUUCAUUAGUAGCGCAUUAGUAGUGCUUUGUGUCCUUUCCCAAUUGAGGAUCACCCACGAUACAAGAUGGCUUGGACGGCGUCCGACAGGAAGGAACAAAUCGACCGUUAGGUCCAGCAGAGAUGCGUGUCCAGCUGAAACGGACCAGGCGGAACGAUGGAAGGUUGAACCUUAUAUUCUGCCUGUGCAUAUGCAGCUCAUUUCCGGCCGGCCGCCUCAAGGCCGCAAGCAACGUAAAUGACGAAAAUGAAAUCUCACCUUGCCGUACACACGCUCCCUCAAGUGAGGGAAACAGGAAAAGAAAGCGAGAAAACCACAGAGGUGUCUGAAUGGAGACUAGCUCGGUUCGGGUGCGACUGUUGAAAUAGUAUAUGCCCCCCAUUCCUGCCUGUGAAAAGGAGCAGGCAGGAAAGGAGGUGCCGAUCACCUAGUAGGAUGCUGCUGGCUG